UUUGAGUAACAGAGUCAUGAGUCCCAGUCGUGUUCCACAGUCAAAAAUAUAGCUGCAUUAUAUAUAAAGUAGUAAAAAAGCCAUCAAUUUUCUUGCGAACAUAGUUUCAAGGUGAAUAAUGUCUUGGCACUACGGAUUUGUUCAACUCCAGGUUUUAUUCAAUGCCCUUGAAUCUGCUUUUUUCCCGAGUGUGCCGGUACAUGUGAUCGUCGGAUGUCUUCCAUAGUGUUGCCUAAGUCCAUCAAUUUGAACGUAUUACAUUUAUCAGACAAAAAGUACAUCGAAAUAAUUAUCGUAUUAUUAUGAACUACUAAGUUUUAACCUCAUUUUUAAUGUCCAACUAAAUCAGGCAUUCAUUUUUUAAUUGAAUGACGCCACGCGAAAACAGUCUCUCCUGUCGGCUAGUCACGUGAAAUCUUCGGCGAUUUUCACCGGGAUCAUCCGUGAAAUUCUAAUUACGUCGUAUUAAAAAUUGCUUGAUAAGUGUUCGUGUGUGUUUAUUGGUGUUUUCUCAGUGCUUAAGACUUUCAUAGAUAAUUUUUUGAAAUCAAAAGGAUACCAUCGUCAGAUAUAUACUGGGGCUAUUAGCCCUACCGUAAUUGUUCAGCGGAAAGUGAUUAAGAAUAAUCAUUGUUAACCUUGUAUUCGAAGAACCGAGUGAGACAUACAUUAUUGCUCACCAUGACAACUUUUGAAAAUUCCCACAACGCCGCAUUUAUGAUCGUCAAAUUCAAGGAGUUACUCAACAAUGGGCAGCAAUCCAUUGAUCUCGUUCGAUCACAAUGGACGUAUAUGGAUAGAAAACAAUUGAUGUGUAAAUAUCCUCCACCAAAAUUUUAUUCUCGUCUUGAUUGCUGGCUUACAAAUGAGAAAGACGCCGAGGAAUGUUGGGAAGACUAUCCAGUUGAUUUGAUUUCUACAGCCGAGUCUGUUACCCAAGGUAAACGUCGAUUGAUAAGAGCUUACAAAACUGAUGAUGUGAACAGCACUGAUACUGAACGUUCACGAUCUUUUCAGUUAGCAUGUUCAUUAUCAAAGACCGAGGUCAGACGACAGCUUCAUAAGAUUCUCCAAUGUCCGUUCAUGUUCCGUUGAGCAAAUUAGGAACGUCAAUACGUGAGUAAACAAAUUAGCUUCAAAUGAUUCCUUGGUUUUGUUUCAAGUGGAAAGGUUAUCUUUUCCUUAUUGAGUUUAUUUUCAUAUUUUCCUUUAUACGCUCACAAUACAUUUAAAUCUGACCACGCAAUAUAUCAUUCUUCCUUUCCUAAUUUCACAAUAAUGGCAGUAAAUGAUUCAAGAACAGUUCCGGACAAUAUUCAACGAUCAGCUCCAUCGAAAGCAUCACGAAAUCGUAAAAGAUGUAUUCCUAGCGAUUCGAGUAGCGGUGCUGAGUCCUCUUCAUCGAUUGACAGUUCAAACUGUGGUAGGGACACCUCCAAUCGCGCUACAUCUCCCGAUGAACCCCAUGAACAGUCAACAUCUAACAGAUUCUAUAA